AUGGAGUUACAUGUAUUUGACUUUGAUGGUACGAUCUUCAACUCCCCAUCCCCCUCCACACGAAUAAAAGAAACUCAUGGGCCGUCUGUUUACUCUAAACUCAUGCGGCCUCUGCAGGAUGGCGGCUUCGGCUGGUUCCAGAGCCUCACCACCUUAACGCCCCCCGCCGUGCCGCGGGAACCAACACUGGAGGAGUGGUAUGUGGCCCCAGUGAUCCAGCGACUGCGGGAACUGGAACAGCGGAGACGAGAAUCAGCAUCCGCAGGAUAUCCUCCCAACGUGAAAGUGUGUUUGUUAACAGGAAGAGAUGAGUCAUUUCGUCAACGUAUUGAAGAACUUUUGGCACAUGCAGGACUUCGUGGGAUGAUGACAGCGGUUUUGUUAAAACCACAUCAAACCUACGGUACGGUGCGGUUUAAGUUGGAGUCCCUGUAUGCACUUAUUGCCGAACACCGUCCAGAACAUGUAUUCUAUUAUGAGGAUAGAGAAGAACAGGGUCUUAAACUCUUAAAUGGGAUUCGUCUUCUCACCCGGGCCCUUCACCCAGGGAAACCGGAUGAUUCCGUUGUGAAUGCUGUCGUUAUGGAGAGUGAUGGUGAGUUGCGUCCACAUAUUGUAAAUAAGGGAAAUUCAUCUGGAGGAGCCAUGCUGGAACCAUGUAAUGCCGCUGUUCGUUGGUGGGAGGAAACACGAAAGCGUGCCGCCCCACAUCCAGUCACAAGCAUUGAACCCUUUAUAUUUACACUCUUGUUUGUGGAUCCCGUAUUGGCUUCACGAAGUGAGAGCAUCCUCACAGCAGAGGAGGAAAACACGCUUGUUUCUCAGUUGCAGUACGAAAGGGAUGCGUAUGUUAGCAGCAACCCUACUGCCGUACAUCCACAGAAACAUACGUUUGGAAGGGCCCCCCGUAGAAGUCAAAAGUGA